GUUGAAUGGACGAGGAGGGUGGGUGAGAAUGAGAUACCAGAGCGUCGUCGUCUUGCAGCAUGGCUUGCAUAUAUACUCCUGCUCACUCUACCCCUGUGUCCCCCUCGCUACCACUCACGGCCAAGCCCGCGCCUCGUCACUCAUGUUGCGGUCAGCGGGCACACGGGUCGUCAGGAGAGGUUGGAGAGGGUCAGCAGAUCGGCUGGAACUCGGGGUGCGGGGUUGGACCGAGGAGAGUGCGUGGCAAGGCGCGGGAGGAGUGGGUGGGCAGGAGAGAGGUGGCGGAAUGCAGUCAGCUGAGAUGAUGUUGUCAGGAAUGUCGGAUCAGGCAAAGCCGAAAUCCGGUGAGAUAAGCUGGAAUCAUGUCACCGAGGUGUGUGGCGAUCGGCGACGAUUAAUAAAUGGCAAGAUGGUGGUUUGGGGGAUGGUAUAAGCAAG